AUGGGACAGAGGGACAUUUACGAGUUCAAUAUACGAGGGACUUGGUCUUGGUGUCAACCACCCAAAGGCCUGUCCCCUCAAGAUAAUAACUGUAGAUAUCAUCGGUACUUGACUUGUCUCAGAGUCAACAAGGAUUGUUUGAAUUGUCUUGCUCUCAUUUGCUGUCUGAAAGAAGCUGCAUUGAAUUGUUCAAGAGUUGAUUGUCAUCAAGUCACCAGUUUUACUCAAAAUUCAAGAUGUUGGGAGGAAGAUGCAAGGGACAAUCUCAAGACCUCACAUUUCUGUUUGCCGUUAUGGGGUAUAUGUCGCUGUUUUUCACUUGCAGAGAUUUUGCUAGCAACAAAUAACUUUGAUGAGGAGUGUCUAAUUGGAAAGGGAGGAUCCGCGAAAGUCUACAAAGGAGUGAUUGAUGAUGGAGCGACUACUGUUGCUAUAAAGAGAUUGAGUUACAUUUCCAAACAAGCUGUAGGAUCAAUGUUUAGGACAGAGAUUGAGAUGCUUUCCAAGUUUAGGCACAGUCACUUAGUGUCCCUUGUUGGCUAUUGUCAUGAAUGGCAUGAAAUGAUCCUCGUGUUUGAGUAUAUUUCCCAAGGCACUCUAUCUGAUCAUCUGCAUCAAAGUUUUGUGAAAGGUUAUGACACCUUAUCAUGGAUUCAACGGUUAAAAAUUUGUAUUGGAGCUGCACAGGGGUUGGACUACCUUCACACUGGUACUAGCACCAGUCAAAGAGUCAUACAUCGUGACGUGAAAAGUACUAAUAUAUUGUUGGAUGGCAAUUUGGAAGCUAAAAUAGCAGAUUUUGGAAUAUCCAAGAUUGUGGCAACAAAUCAGGGAUGCACUUAUGUGAGUACAGCUGUUAGGGGCACCUUCGGAUAUAUGGAUCCAUCAUAUUUUACAACAGGCAGAUUGACUAGGAAAUCGGAUGUGUAUGCAUUUGGAGUUGUGCUGUUUGAAGUUUUGUCUGGAAGAAGAGCUGUGAAUUUAAGUCGAGAUGAUGAGCAAUUAGGUUUAGCUGGAUGGGCUCAGAACUGUAUCAAACAAGGUAGAAUGAAUGAAAUUAUUGAUUCUAACCUGAAGAUGCAAAUUUCAAAAAAAUCCUUAUUAGCUUUUGUGAAAAUUGCAUCCCAGUGUUUAAAUGCACAGCCUAGUUGCCGUCCAACAAUUGCUGAAGUUGUGGUAAUUCUUGAGUUUUCAUUGGCAUUGCAAGGAAAUUCAGAUGCUACACCAAUUAAGGGGGCAAUUUAUACAGGUUACAGCGGACGAUGUUCCACAGCAGUGGAGGUAGUAUAUGGUAAGAAUCACGUCAAGCCAUUUGAGAUUAAUCGUUGGAGGGCAACAUUUUCAAGGAAGGUCUGCCAGAUUCUCUCAACCUCGAUCCGGUCAUCAUCUGUACAUAGUAAUGCUAAAAACAGUAGAAGCGAUGGCAGAGUGAGCCAGAAAAAAGCUGGAAUAUUCACAGAGGAAAAUAGCAGAAUGAGGAUGAACAAAAUGGGCAUUCUUCCAGAUGCACAGGGCCUAUUUGCAAAUGCAAAUCUAAGGAUGUUCAGCUUGGCUGAAUUGCUAAGUGCCACAAGAGGCUUUAAUCCAGAUAUGAUAUUGGGUGAGAAUUACCAUGGAAGGACUUUCGUUAGUUGGCUUGACGAAGACACGCUUGCUCCCUCAAGGAUUGGCAUUGGAAUGUUAGUUGCCAUCAAGAGGACCAAUUCAUAUGCAAGACUUAGAAUUCUGCAGGCAGAGGUGGAUCUGUGUGGAAGAUUUUAUCAUCCAUAUGUUCUUAAGCCUCUAGGCUUCUGCUUAGAAAAGCAGGAGUUCCUGGUUGUUUAUGAAUACACACUGAAGGGAAACGUAGCAAGAUACGCUUACAAAGAUGGGGGGAAAUCACUUUCCUGGGUUAUUUGGCUCAGAAUAUUAAUAGGAGCAGCUAAAUAUCUUGAUUUUCUCCAUUCCUCAGAGGAGCAUAUCAUCUUUGGCGACUUUACACUCUCUAGUAUAUUGCUGGAUUGGAAUUUCAAUCCCAAGAUUGGUUAUAGUGCAAGUGCAAGAUUUGGGCCCAAGGAUGGUGGUACGCUUAUAACAGGCCUUCCUAAUCUAAAUGCACAACAUUGUGCAGCAUCAGAGGGCUAUUUUUCUCCAGAAUACAAAAAAGCUGGUCAUUUGAGCUCAAAGAACGAUGUUUAUGCAUUUGGCGUGGUGCUAUUGGAAAUACUGACAGGAAGGCGGGUGAUUGAUGUGAACUCGAAGAGUAAAAAGAGAAAUUUGGUGAAUAAGGCCAGACCUGUUUUAGCAUGCGAAAGAAAGGUUAAGGGAGUAGUGAACCCAAAGCUGCUAGAGCGAGAGACAUGUCCAAAGGUUGUAAAUUCAAUUUUAUCAGAUGUUCCAGCACUAGCAUUGAAAUGUCUUGAUCUUGACCCUAAAAAAAGACCCUCAAUGAGACAAGUUUUGGAGAUCUUAGAAAGAGUUAAUGCCAUUAUACAGUGAGUGAUGUGGGGAUUUAAAGAUUAUGUGUGAGGAUAGAUCGAAUUUUAUCAGUGUAAUGAUAUAUAAUAUUAAUUAACACUCCUGAUUAGAAUGCA